AUGAAGUGGUUAACUACUUCCUCAGUCGGCAUGAACCUCCGCUAUUGUCCGCAAAACAUCAUUCCUUCCAUUGCGCAACGCUACCUGGGCUCUCCUACCCAUCCGAUUCGUCCUAAAAUUGCCCAUAUGUGGGCUAAUCGUGAUCCGAAUACUCUAUGGUGGCGGGUCUCAGUGGCACCCAUCGGACAGCUCAAGCGGGUAGUUCGUUCUUGGUGCGCACGCAGAACACGAAUCGCAUUCAAACAAGCGCUGAGAAACCAUGGAUAUGAUGAGCUAGGAGUUCCGCUGCAGGACUUUCCUACGCCACGGAAACACAAUCUCACGGGUUCAUUGGAGCUUGUACUCCGUCCUGCAUGUGUCGACCUUGACUUCAAGGUAGUCCAGAGAGACGCCGAUAACCUCUUACAAAAGAUGCUGAAGCAACGAGCAGCGCAUUUCGAACGUACGGCCAAGAAACCUGCAAGGCCUUUGAGAACUUCCCGAUCCCCCAAUUCUUCUAAGGGAUCAUGA